AUGGGAGUGGCUAUAGGCCCACAAGCAGAAGAAUUGGCCAACAAAUGCGACGCUCAGGAAAUACUACAAAAUAUAAAAAAAAUUGCUAAUGACUGUAAAACGGAAUCUGGUGGCAGUGAUGCGGAUAUUGAUGCACUGUUCAAACAUCAACCGGCUGGAAGUGACAAAGCGAAGUGCCUAAUGACGUGCUUUAUGAAAAAAAUGGGUUUGGUCGAUGCUAGUGCCAAAAUUGAUAAGGACUCUGCUUUAAAUGUAAUAAAGGCAGUUGCUGAUGGUGCAAACAUAGAAAAACUCGGUAAAGAGCUUAUUGAUGCUUGCAAAGAUACUCCACCAAAGGGCAAUGAGUGCGAAAGCGGUGAAGCCGUGCGUGAGUGCGUCAUUGCAAAAGCAAAGGCAAAUGGCUUUAAAUUGCCAUGGUAAAUGUGCUAAUUAUAGUACAUCGGCAACUGAUUGUAGAUGUCCUAAGGAAAUGGUUGUGAUGACUGCUAUUUUCUCUUUAAUCUUUGAAUUUUUCAAAUGACAAGCAGUCCAUCCAGUAAUCAAAUAAAUUUAACAAGCAAGUAUUUAAAAAAAA